AUGAAUUGGCCCCCGGAAGCAACAACAUUCGAAACAGCAACAGUAGCGACGGCAGCGGCAGAUAUUUCGGCUGAGUUUACGGCCAAGCCACCCUUGACAGAGGCUGAUGAUGUUCCACAGACACUCAUUGAGGCGAGUGAGGUCCUUUGGCAGUUUAUGACGUUUCAACAGGAUAUGAGUUCCUCGUCCGCUCAUAUGGCUGAUCCAGCGUGGAUGAGAGAACUCCAAAUCAUUGGUGAGCGUCUGAUGCGUCUGCAGCAGAAGGUUGACCGGCUUAUUAAUGCAAAGUUAGAUGAAAUUUCUACCGACAGCACUGAGGAGGCUGAAAAGUCUCUGGCGAAUUUGAUGAACGUGAACGACGAGCUUCUGUUUUGUGUCGAAGACUACCGACGAACUACGCGGAAAUAUGAGGUUAGUAUGCCCAUUCAUCUGCAUAUAUUAAGUAGGCCAGUGUGA